AUGACAUCUCCUCUCCGCCCUCAGUUUUUCUGUACGCGUCCUAACGGCACCGUGACCCCCCUGAUCGCCGUGGAUGAGCUACCCUCGCACAUCUCCAUCCGCGGCGUCUCACGAGCCCUGUCCCCCAAUGACACACAGGGCAUGACCAGUCUGGGAACCGUCAACGCACGAAACCAGACCUACGUUGUUGACGGUGUCCCGACUGCUCCCAUGCGAGCUACGGCUGGAAAUUCCGCUGCGGCUGUUGCUGGUGAUGCUGGUGCUCGUUCUCGAGACUAUGAGUUGCAGACUUCGCUUGUGCGGAUUCUUUCCGAUGAGAGUAUUCCUGCAAACCAGCGCUUAGCGUUGCAUGCUUCAAUUCAGCAGGCUUUGGCUCCGCAGUGGCCGGUUGGGGCUGCAGGGAAUUCGUCGACUCAGACUGCGGCUGCGGGUAAUUGGUUGGUUCCUGCUGGUGGUAGUGGUGGGAGAGCGGGAGGCCCUAAGCAGGGUCCCAAUUUUAAUGCCAAAAAAGAAUACUGCUCUUAUUGGAUCCGCCAUGGAGAAUGUGAUUAUCAGCAGCAGGGCUGCCUCUACAAGCAUGAAAUGCCUACCGACCCUUUUAUGCUGGAAAAACUCGGUCUUCGUGACAUCCCCCGUUGGUACCGUGAGAAAUACGGCGUUCCCAGUAUACUUCCUGGGGGGGCCAACGCUCGUGCCAGUACCAAUAACAGCCAUAACUGGAGAGAGGAUGCUGCAGACAGUAGCACGGUCAAGGCUAUCCAGUAUCCGGUUCGUCUGCGCUACAACGGAACCACUACUCCUUCUUCGUCAGAUACAGAGAAAGCUUCAAAGCAGAAAGCGACCAGCUACGCUCCCACUGUUCAGAGCAAUGGAAACGGGGCGGCCAUGUUUCCUGGAAAUCCCCGUGCCAGCUAUCCUGCUAUGAAUCCGCCCAGGGCACCUAGCUCUCAGAGGCAUGGAUCAAGAAAUGCAGCCAGUCAGAGCAUUGGUGUGCCCGGUACCAGGAAGAUUGAUCUUCUGUCUUUCGAUCCUCUUCCAGACUAUCCGUCUCUUGAUUCCUUACAUGGAGGCGUGGCUGGAGUGACGUAUCCUGCUUCGGGCCCUGGCAACAACGCCAACAAUACCAAUACCAAAACACCCGACGAGGCUCACCGCGAAGGAAUGGUUCGCAAUCUCCAAUCCCUCAUGCCAAACUCCCCGGACUAUCUCCCCACCCCCCUCGGUCCGAACUCGACCCAGCAACGCUCCAAGAGAACGCAAAAGGGUCGUCGUCUGUAUCAACCCCGUUCCCAGAUCGUCGUCCCCGGUGACAGUCAGGAAAUACGUGACCAAGCUUCCUUCAAAAACGCACAGCACGGUAACACUACAUAUUCCAGCGCCGCUUCCGUGGCUUCUAAAGGAACGAACGGAUCUCAGGUCACGAGCCCUAUGGGCAUCUUGGGCAGCUCUGACCCUCCCACUCGUGUGGCCUCCCCAUCUACUCAUUCGCCGACCUCGUUGUCUUCGCAGUCGAGUCCUCAAGCGUUCUAUAACAAGAACAAGGACGGGGUCAUGCCAGGCGCUAUUGGGAGCAAGAGGGGCUACAACCGGAAGAAGUCUGCGAACACAAACUCUUCUGAAGAAGAUUUGUUUGAUUUCGGUGUUGAGUCUGGUAAUGGGAAAGGUCAUGGGAAAUAG